UUUGCCACCUCCUCCCUCCCCUCUUCUCAAAAUUUGCAUUCUGUCACAUAUUUUCUCUGCUCCCUUCUCUUUUCUUCCCUCUAGCCAAACACACAACAAUCCUAGGAGAGUAAUACUUCAACCCUCCAGAAAACAAAAGCCUUCGGUAGUAUAUUUGUGAAACCCAACUGUCUUCCUGUUGCUAACGCACGCCAUUCAUCCCCAAACCCUCAAUCCUCUCUAACCCAACAUGUUUACCCUACACCCCUGCGCACCCCUUCUUCAACUACCUCAUCUUUCACACUACACAUUUUCCCGCCAAUCCAACCGCCACCCUCCAUUUCCAACCUAUGCAAUUUCAAUCCAAAACUGUUUUCAACCCAAGAUAAGUCUAUGCACAGCCAGAGCAAGUAGGAAUCGAAGUAUCAAAGCCCAGAAUUUGGAGACAGAAAUUGAAGAAGAGAGUGGUGAUUAUGAUGGAGAUUUUGAAGGUGAGGAUGAGUUUUCGCCGCGGGGUCGGUUCCGGAGGAGAGAAGGAGAGAAGGAUUAUGAUAGGGACCCUGAGUUUGCUGAAAUUCUUGGGAGUUGUCUUGAUGAUCCUGAAAAAGCACGGUCCAAAAUGGAGGAGAGAUUGAGGAAGAAAAGGAACAAAAUAUUACACACAAAAACCGGUUCAGC